GAGUUGCCAAUAAAUGCCAUGCCAUGCUUCCUCAUCUGCCCACCUCCUCCCACAUUAUUGGCUUCUUCACAUUUGGUUCGGUUUUUUUAUUUCUAAGAAAAAAUAAAUCAGAUCCAAUGGGUUCGCGUUUCCCGGUCCUACAAACAAUCCUCCUCUUCUCCACCUUAGCCGCCGCCGCCGCCGCGGGUAAAAAUCUGCGGCCAGAGUCGUCGAACGAUCUGGUCCGCAAAUCUUGCGUGAACGCCAGCUACCCGGAGAUCUGCUACAGGACGCUGUCUUCGUACGGCGGCUCCGCCAUGAAGACGCCGCGUGACCUUGCUCAGGCCGCCCUCGAGGUGAGCCUCGGCCGGGCGGCGAAGACGGCGGAGUUCGUGAGGAGCGUGAGGGGGGAGAGCGGGCGGGAGAGGGCGGCGCUGAGGGACUGCGUGCAGGAGAUGGGGGACGCGGUGGAGGAGCUGCGGCGGAGCGUGGCGGAGCUGAAGCACCUCCGGAAGGGGGCGGAGUUCGAGUGGCAGAUGAGCAACGUGGAGACCUGGGUCAGCGCGGCGUUGACCAACGAGGACACGUGCCUCGACGGGUUUAAGGAAGUGUCGGCGGCGGUCAGGUCCGACGUCAGACGGAAGAUCCGAAACAUGGCAAAGGUUACCAGUAAUGCCCUUUACCUUGUCAACCUACUCGGCUCCUCCCCAAACAAUAAUAAACAAUAAGAUUUAUUAUUAUUAUUAUUAUUAUUAUUAUUAUUAUUAUUAUUAUUAUUAUUAUUGAUGUGAAAAAAGAAAAUUGAUGUUAGAGAGCUAGAAUGUUUCAUUCAUAAAAUAAAUGAUUCUUACUCCUAAUUCGCGGGAUUGUGGUGGGAGGCAAGCGAUUAGGAAUAAGAACGUACAAUCAAUUUUAUGAAUGCGAUAUUGUAAUUGUUCGAUGCCAUAUUAUGACAUUAGGUUCUAAUGUCAAAAAAGUUUAGCCUAAAGACAAUGACUAUUUGCGUGAUUACGUAUAAUGGUUGUCUAUAUAUGUCUCCCAGAAGCAAUUUUAUUAAUGAGGUUCAAUACUUCAAUAUAAGGUCAUUGUAUCU